AUGCCGGGACUUCCAGAAGCGCUUCGAGGACAUACAAAGUCUGUGACGGCGAUCGCAUUCUCACCAGACGGCUUGCGAAUCCUCUGGCUCAGAGAUAAUACAAUUCGACUAUGGGACGCGGAGACUGGUCAGUCAUUAGGCGAGCCACUGCGAGGUCACACAGGCUCGGUCAAUGCCGUCUCAUUCUCACCAGACGGCUCCCAAAUUGCCUCUGGGUCUAACGAUGAGACAAUUAGACUAUGGAAUGCGGAGACUGGCCAGUCGUUGGGAGAACCAUUCCGAGGCCACCAAGGCUCGGUCAAUGCCGUCGCAUUCUCACCAGACGGCUCCAAAAUUGCCUCUGGGUCUAACGAUGACACAAUUCGACUAUGGGAUGCGGAGAUGGCCAGCCGCUGGGAGAGCCACUUCUAG